AUGGAGGCGCUGAUCUACGUUAUCCCGUUGGGUUGGAUACCUUCCAUCUUCGAUGCCAUCAAGCGGGAUGCGCGGAUCUGUGUUAUGUUGGGAGGCUUCACCGAGUCAGUGGCUAUCAUCUCCGGGUCCGAUAUACGACUACAACUGAGUGGUAGAUGCAUUCAAAACCGCUGCGUUGCUGGCGCAAAUAUUUCAGUACGACUCUCCCUUCAUCUCCGGCAUAUGAUGAUGCAACCCACCAUAUCAAUCACUCGACCACAGAAACUGCCUUCGAAUUGGGCGUCACAGUUGGGCGAUGCUGAUAUUCCACCUGAAGCCAUCCUUCGACCUCGGAGUGAUUGGAUGGACGAUGAAGACUGGGAGGAUCUGUCCCUCGGCAUCGAUCCACGAGCGCUCACCGUUGCAGUUAUGCAUACAUUCGGUUUAACCCCUCCCUCCAACCCACUUCCGAAGCUCCGAAGGCACAAUUCAGGCGGGUUUAACGACCUCUAUGUCGCGACCUUUCGAAUGGAAGACGGCUACCCGGAACAAUUCGAGGUCGCUAUCCGAAUGCCACUCAAGCGGGGUCGAUUGUCGGGCAGACUCGAGACGACGGUGGCUCUAAUGAGCUAUGUCAAGUUCUGCGCGGGUCUCUCUGUCCCCACAGUCUUUGCGUGGUGUGAUGGCACGGCGGGGGAUGGAAACCCGGUCGGCGCGCCCUAUAUCAUCAUGGAAUACCUCCAAGCCCCUAAAGGCGAUCCAUGGCAUGACAUGUUUUUCAACCACACCCCCAGCCGCGACUUCUGGUACAACAUGAUGGACAUCAUGGCAAAGGGACAUGGAGCACUCGCCACACCAUUACCUUUCCACGGAUUUGGAUCACUCUAUUUUUCGGAUGUCCCGAACUGUGAUGGCCGGAGGGAGACAGACGAAGAGUUGAAGAGGGUGGAGAGAUAUCGCAUAGGCCCGCUGGUUUAUGGCCCGAUGGUAACUGGACAUCGAACCCAAGCCCGUACUGGGGAUGUCAGUCCCUGUCAAGGGUCAGAGAAAGCAACAUCUCUGGUAGCCCUCUGGAAGUUCUUAUGGGAGCGGGAGGUCGAGGCUAUCAAGCAGAAGCACGAUCACGACAUCAGCAGGCCUCUUGUAUGGCUUGAGCCUGACGCUUUGGACGUGGAUGAAGGCGAGGACAACGAGCAGUGUACACUUUCCGAUUUCCUUCAAACGGCGGAUCACCUCCUCCAAUACAUCGAGAACUCCCAACUCCCAGCUGAUGCAGCACUCCUCCAACCUUGCAUUGUCCCCAUGGAUUAUGCGAUGCGUAACGUCAUCUUUAACGACGACAAAACAGCAAUCACAGCAUUUCUGGAUUGGGACGAUGUCGCUAUUCUACCCUUCAUCCUCUGCUCCAUGUAUCUGGCCGAGAUCAGUUAUAACUGGGGAGACGAGGAAUGGAGACGGGAAACAGGUGGUUUCGGCUGCAUUCAGCCUCCGUCUGCAGAAGAUGUGACGGAAGAGGAACUGGAAGCUUUGUUCCAGUACAAACGGGUGAUGACGAAAAGAAUAUGA